AACGCACCAAUGACAACUAUCAAGAAACGUCAAAUGCGUCACCUGAUUUAAAUGUACCGUGCCCGUAAUAUUGGCGAAAUGGGGCCUAAAUGUAGAUAGUAAAUAACGAGGUGAUGUCAGAAGCCACAGGGAAGGAUCAAUGGUCGCUUUAUUCCGCUUCGCAGAACUUGCCGGCCGUUUUAAACGACCCGAAUAGGGGUAAACAAUCCAACUUUUUUGUAAAAACAUGGGGCGAUUCGUUUGUGGAGAAAGUAGGCAUAGAAAAGAGUCCUUUUUUGCCCGAAAUAACUUACGCUCAUUUCGAUACGUAUUUAAAGAAGAUUGGAAAAAGAUUUCGAAGGCAUAGGAAACUCUCCAACACAAAAUUUGAAGGGAAUCAUGUGAAAACGAAAAGUAAGACAGAUUUUACAAUCGAUGCUCCAAUCGAUAGUGUUCCGGAGAUUUUUCUGAGACCUACCUUACUGUUGAACGAACCAAAAGUGUUUAAUGAAAUAUUUCCUAAUAUAAUAAAAAGUGAUCAUGUUAACAACAGUAAUAAUAGUAAAGUAGUGCAUUAUCAGCAAAGUGGAAGAUUAUUACAAGAACAAUUAAGUUAUUACUUAGAUAUUGUGGAAGUUCAUAUAGCAAAGCAGGUUUCACAAAAAUCCGGAGCUUUUUUCCAUGCGAUGACAUCACACGAUACUAUAAUGGAAAAAAUGGGGUCAGCUUGUAUAGAAGUAAGAACGUUACGUACAAAAAUUCAACAAGUUGAUAAAACUUUAGCUAAAGAUUCUCUCAAAUUAUUAUCAUUAUCAAAAACUCGCUCGAAUCAAACAAAAUUAUUAGCAAAAUUAAAACUCAUGUCCACGGUACUUCAAACCCAACCAACUUUACAACUUCUUUUAAGCUCUUCUGAUUAUGUAGCAGCAUUAGAACUUAUUUCCACAACACAAGAAGUUCUUGCAAAUAAACUUGCAGGUGUCACCAGUUUAAGGCAUCUUCCAUCUCAAUUAAAAGAAAUGUCUAGAUUAAUCGAUAAGAUGUUAAGCACUGAAUUUGAAAGAUAUGCAGCUGCUGAUCUUCAUAGACCCUUUGAUCCAGCUGCUGGUGUUUUAGAUCGAGAACGAUUAAUUAGUUUAGUUGCUGGAUUAUUGAGACAGAAUCAUUUGCAGUUUUUGGAAACUUAUAAACAGGAAGCUGUUACUGCAGCACAGACUUUAAUCAAACAACUUUUAAUUGAACAAUUAGCUGAUGUUGAAGAUGAAAUGGAACAUUGUUUAACUGGAUCUGGUGAAACAGCUCCUAAUUUAGAAGCGUCUCAUUGGUUACAAGUACUUUCAUUAGCUAGUGAUGCUUUAGGAAAAUUAGUACAAAGAGUAAAAGAUGUACACGAUGUAAUCAAAGAAACGGCAGAAAUAACAGCGGUUUUAUCAUCAACGACACUUGAAAACUCAGAGGGUGAAAAAUUUCUUUCCAUCGAAGAACACAAUUCCGUUGAAAUAAAACUUCGGGAUCUCCUAGUCUCUAUAUGUGAUUAUUGUCACGAAAGGUUGGCGUCUUUAGUAAGUACACAGUCGGAUAAACAGAACGUAACGGCAGUUCAAAUAAUGGAACUUUCGGAUAUAGUCGAUAAUUUUACGGAGGUAUGCGAAAGCGUUUGCGGGCGGCAAAGCGCCGCUUUAAAAGCAGCCUUUAAAAUACAAGCUGGAAAUUACGUUCAUAAAUUUCACAGUUUGCGUAAAAAUAAAUUAACGCUGUUGUUGGAUGCGGAAAGAUGGAAGGUUGCCGAUGUUCCGGUUGAGUUUCAAGUUUUGGUGGAUAAAUUGGCGUCGGGGGAUACUUUAAAAUCCGUGCCCAGUUCGCCUGUGGAAGAUAAUAACAAAAAAAUUACUUCGCAAGCGGUUUUAACAUCUCUUCGUAUUGGUAAUCAAAAUUACGUUACGGUCGGGACGGUUUUGAUGUUAAUAAAACUUGUCAGUGAGUAUUGUGUUUGCGCGUACGAUAUCCCGAUUUUAUCGGGAGUCAUCGGCAGAAAUUUAGCGGAACUAUUGAGGACUUUUAAUUCGCGUUCAUGCCAAUUGGUUUUGGGAGCAGGGGCAUUAAAAACGGCCGGUUUAAAAACGAUUACCAGCACAAAUUUAGCUUUGACGUCGAGAGCGUUGCAAUUAGUUUUAUGGUUGAUUCCUCAUAUUAGAAACCAUUUCACAGCGUUGUCUAGUGAUGCAAUUAACAGUUUGGUUUCCGUGGAAAAUGAUAUUACUAAUCAUAUCCAGCAAUUGGAGAAUAAAAUUUUAUCAAUUCUAAAUAUUUUAUUGGGGGAUCAAUUAAAUGAUUGGGAUGCUAAACCACCUGUGCCUUCCAAGGCUUUUAGAAACGUCUCAAGGCACCUUACCAAAUUAUACGAAGCUGUUGGACCUGUUUUGCCUGAAGAACAGGUGACUGAUUUAUAUGAGGUUGUACACAAUAAUUUUAAAUCGAGGUUACGCGAACAGCUUAUUAAAAUGAACAUUCGGAACAAUGGGGGUCCACAGCAUGGGCUUGUUACAACAGAACUGACGUUUUAUCUUGAAACAAUGAGAACCCUUAAAGUGCUAUCUGACAACUUAACUACUACACUGGCUAUGGAGGAUAUUUGGAGUAGAUAAUACAUACAAUAAGGAUAAAUGCUAGUUGAAUUUUGUGAAUACUUUUAGUCUGUAAGGAGAUUUUAUUCCAAACCCUUGUUUGCCAAUUUUUUAUAAUUGUAUAAAUGAAACGUAAAAGUAUUAUAUAAAUAUUACAAAAGUAUAAUAAGAAUA